AAACAAAACAAAACGUAAAAGUCACAAGAUUGACGUUACUACAUAACGGCCUUGAAAAAUUUAUGUUGCCUACAUUCUGUCGUAAAAAAAUUUUAUCAAUUAUCAAUUACAUUCAUACAACAGUAUUGAACCAGAAGUUGACAAUUGUUUGUUAAAUUAAAUAUUGAUUAUCUGUCAAAAUAUCGUAUAGUAACGAAAAUAUUUAAGAUGGCGUCAUGAUAAUGUAUUAAUGUCAAUUGAUGGAAAUUUUGCUACAAAUGAUAGUUUCUUUAUUCAUCUGCUUAUACGAUGUUAUGAAUAAGCAAAAAAUGUACCAAAGAAAUAAUACAUUUCUUACACUUUAAAAUAUGAUUUAAAAAUCAGACAGAUAUUCAUAUGAUCUAACAAAUUGUGGUUAAAACUAAUAUUUAAAUAAAUUAAAAAUUAAACAACAAAAAAAGUAAAUUAUUCAGAGCAUGGAGUUUGGAGAAAACAAAGUGUUUCAUUAAAAUUCAAUAUAAAUUGACAAUUUUAUAAUACGUAUUAAUGAAAUCAUGGAAAAGUUUGCUGUUGAUCUAGACAAAGUCCUAGAUGACUUUGAGUUCAAUGAAGAUUGUGCUGAGCAAGUUUUGCUUGAUCAGAAUUCAUUGCCUUCUACAAACUCACAACAAUGUGACCGUAAUCAGCAAAAAUUGUCAUCAAUGAAAACGAUUGACACACUUAAUUUAGCAAAAGCAGAUUUAGUACAUGAAAAUGGUGAAUCAGUUAAUGAUUUUUCACCACAAGAUUAUCUACAAAGUGAUGAUAAAGUUAAAAAAAAUCUUGUUGAUUUUCACAGUGACAAAACAGUUGUUAAUGAUAAUGAGCCCAUUUCAUUGACAAUACACAAUGAUAUUACUUACAAUAGAUAUGCUAAAAAACAUCAAAAUGAUAAAGAAUAUAAUACUUAUGACAAGAAACUGAACCAGCCCAGUACAAAGCCAAGUGUUAGUAAUGUAUUUAAUAGUUUAAAUGAGUACAUUAAUGCAUCAAGUGCUAAUAUUGAUCAACAUGAUUUAACUGUUGAUAAAAUUACUGAGCCUAAAAAUAUUCAACAUGAAUUUCGAACAGUUGAUAAUGUGUUAAAAAAUGAUUUACAUGAAACCCAACAUAAUGUAGAAAAGACGAUUUCUAAUGAAAAAAAUAAUAUAAAAAAAUUAGCAGAGUUACUUCCACAGUAUGAUAAUAUUUCAUCAUCAAUCCCGAGCCAUUCAAAUUUUAAGUCGUCAGAAAAAGAACAAGAAGAACGUGGAGAAGCAAAACUUGGUGAGCAAGAAACAGUUAUUUCUGAAACAUCAACAAAUGUUCUUGCUGAUGUAUCAGAAUCAAUUCACCAAAAUACGAUACUUGACGUUAAUUAUGAAGCUCAAGAUGAAGCACAAUUAGAAGAUUUAUCAAGCCAUGUUUACUCUUCAAACACAUCAAGCCAAAAUGAAAAUAAACAUGUUGAUGAAAAGAUUGAAAUUAAUGAUAAAAUUAUAGAGCCUAUUCCAAGUGAUAAAGAAUCAAUUCAAAUAUCUGACUUGGUUGAAAAAAAUAGCGGUAAUUUUGAUCCACCAACGGACCUUGAAGUUGCUAAAAAUUAUCAAGAUCCUGAAGAACAGCUUGUCGAGCCUGUUGAAAAAAUUAAUGUCAUAGUUCAAGAUGAAUUAGUUUUAGAAGAUGAAAUGAUUGAUAGUCAAACUGUUCUUGAGAAAAAAGAACUAUCUGAACAAAUUAAUAUAUCAAAUAAAACACCUGUUGGUUUUAGUGCAGUUGAAGAUGUAUCAGAAGAAGAACUGAAUAAAUAUUUAAGAGAGUUGGAGAUGGAUGAGCAUGACGAUGAUGAUGAUGUUGGUGAUGAUGAUGAUGAAGAUAAUGAUAAUAGACUUACUAUUGAUAAACAAAAUAAUAUGUCUUUAGCUAGUCAGCAAGAGCAACCAAACCAGCAAAAUAAUGAACAAGAAACUCUUGAUAAAAAUGUUAAAACUGUUGAAGUAGAUAAAUCAUCCAAUGAUUCAGAUGAAAAAAUAUUAAAUGACAUUGACAAUUCAACAAAAUUAACUGAUAUAAAAUUAGAAAAUACAGCAAGUACUUUAAAUAAUUUGAAUUUCAUUGAAAUGUCAUCAAGUGAAACACAAGCUGACAAACUUAAUGAUUCAUUAAAUAAAAGUUACAAUAAAAACAUUGAAGAAGUACAAGAGUGUACUACAGAUUCUAAUAAAGUUUUAGAAAUUGCUGAGAGUUCAAAACAACUUGAAGAAAUGUCUAGUGAUAUUGAAAAUGUAUGCGAGUUAAGAGAAGAACUUGGUGAAUUGGGAAGUUCUGAAGAAGAUAAUGAGAAACCAUCUAGACCUCAAACUUUAGAUAUUGUCUCGACAGUCAAUAUGGAUGAACCUCCAUCGAUAGAAUUACCAGAAAAUACACAUGAUAUACAUGAACAACAAUUGGCAGUUGAACAAGCUCUAGCAAAUGUAAGAGAUCCAUCACCUGAUACAUCUGACAACUCGUCAGUUGAAUUUGGAAUUAUUUUAGGAAAACAACCACCUUUUUGGGUUCCUGAUGCUGAUGCACCAAAUUGCAUGCUUUGUGAUGUUAAAUUUAAUGUCAUAAAACGUAGACAUCAUUGUCGAGCCUGCGGUAAAGUUUUGUGUAACAAAUGUUGUAGUAUGAAAUAUCGACUUGAAUAUCAAUUGAAUAUGGAUUCACGAGUUUGUUCACCUUGUUAUCAACAAUUGACUCGAGCUGAAACAGGUCAAGCGAGUAAUGAAUGGGCAGGUUACGAAAACACAGCCAGUGGAAGUAUAUACUCACCUCAGGAAAGACAGCCAAAUCCAAAUAAUCCGAUGGAGUACUGUUCAACUAUACCACCUUUGCAACAGUUAAAUGAAGGUGUUCCACAACCACCAACAGUUAUGGUACCAGUUAGUGUUUUAAAACGUGAAGGAAGUACCAAACAACGUGUUGACAGUCAAAAAUCAGUUAUGUUCAGUGAUGGAAUAAGGCCUGGCUGUGACCUGACAGAACUGGACGUGACAUGGGAUCCAAAACCUCCGUAUAAAAAAUUGGGAAGUAAAAGAGUUGCAACAGUUGAUGGACAGUCAACAUCAUCAAUGAUUAAAAAACAAAAUCUUCCACCACUGAAUCCAUAUACAAAUUGUUACAUUCCACAAGAUAAAAAUAUACUACCACCAACUGUAACAAUACACAAAGGCCAAAUAAGUUAUCAUGAAGCAGCAGAUCCAGAAAAUAUAUAUCAAUCAUUGAAAAAUGAUUGUGAGCCACCUGUGAUGUUUGCUAUAAAUAGAAAUCUUUAUGCAUAUGUUAAAAUAACAAAUCUCAAUUGUUGUGUAAAUAAAGUAUGUUGGAAUGUAACAUCACGUGGACUUGCUUGUGUAGGUCAAGAUGAAGUGAUAUUUUUAAUUGAAGUUUUACCAGAUGAAACACAAAUACCAAGAGACUUAUUAAUUCAUAUUAAUCAAAUUUACGUUGAGGCAAUAAAAGGAAAUACAAUAACUGAAUUAGGAAUAUCAAUUUAUCAAGGACGUCAAGGUGAAAAUCUUCUUGAUUCACGUGAACAUGCUGGUUUUUUGUUUAUACGACCAACAUUUCAAUGUUUACAAAAAAUUGUUGUACCACCAGCACCAUAUUUAGUUGGUCUUUUAGUACACAGAUGGGAAACACCAUGGGCUAAAAUAUUUCCUCUUCGUUUAAUACUUCGAUUGGGUGCUGAAUAUCGUUAUUAUCCAUGUCCAUUAGUAUCAGUAAGAUAUCGUGAUGCUGUUUAUUUUGAAAUUGGCCAUACAAUUAUGAAAGUACUUGCUGAUUUUAGAAAUUAUGCUUAUACAUUACCUGGUGUACGUGGACUUUUUAUACAUAUGGAAGAUCGUACAACAAAUAUAUUAUUACCAAAAAAUCGUUAUGAUCAAGUUAUUAAAGGUCUUAAAAAUUCAAAUGAUUAUGUACUUGCAUUUGCUGGUAAUUUUUCAUUUCAAGCUGAUUCACAUCUUGUAUGUAUACAAAGUAAUACAGGUGAUGAAUCAACUUAUCAAACUCAAGCAAUUAAUAUACAUAAUAAACCAAGAAAAGUUACUGGUGCAAGUUUUGUUGUUAUUAAUGGUGCAUUAAAAUCAUCAAUGGGAUUAUCAGCUAAAUCAAGUAUUGUUGAGGAUGGUAUUAUGGUACAAAUAAUGCCUGAACAAAUGGAAACAUUAAAGACAGCUUUGAAAAAUAUGCAAAAUUUUACAAUUGGCUGUGGAAAAAUUGGUGCUACUAAACCUGAUGAAAUUGUUAAUAUUAAUUGGGUUGAUAAUGAUACUCAAUUUAAUGUUGGAGUAAAGAGUCCAAUUGAUGGCCAACCAAUGGAUGGAAUUCCAUCAAUCAGAGUUCACAAUGGUACUGAUUAUAUGGGCACAAGUAGAUUUAUACGAUGGACAGAAGUAUUUAUCAUAAAGUCUGAUGAUCAUCCAAAUGGAGUUCAUGAUCCAGUUGAUAUAAAUAAAUUGUCAGAAAGUAUAGCACGUGCAACAUGUGCAGCUUUAGUUAAAUUAUUAGAUCUUUUAGCUACUGCUGGUCUUACAAAAUUAGCUGUAAGAGCAACAAUACAUCCAGAAAAUGUUGGCUAUGAGGCAGGAAGUGAAGGCACACGUUUACCUCCACUUUAUAUGAAUAGUUUAGACAAUGAAUUAAUUCAAGUACUUCAUAAAGCUGCUCAUACAACUCAAGACACAAGUAUUGUGUUGGAAUUGAUUUUUCAUAUUUUAGAUGAUUGAUAUAACUGAUAUAUUAUUCAUAAAAAUUUUGUAAAAAAAUAUUAAUUUAUCUCUAUGGAGUUUAUGUGCAAUUUUUAUUUAGCAAGUUUUAUUUCUUUUAUUGCCAAACAAUUACUUAUUAUUUUUAUGCAAUAAAUAUUUAUAUUAAUAUUUUUUUCUGUUGAUUUUAAAUCUUAAAUAAUACAAAUAUGUUAUAAACUUAUAAUUGUAUUUUGUAAAAAAAUGUUGUCAAUAUUAAUGUACGAUGAUCUGUUUUUUUUUUUAAAUUUUUAUUGGGUAUUUAAGAUGGAAUAUUAUAAAAAAAUAUUCUUAUUAAUUUUUAAUGGCUAAUAUUUUGUAGUUGAUUAAUUUAUCAAUUUUACAAAUACAUUAGUUACUAUUUACUAACUGUACA